CAUCCACAGCUCGUCGUCUCGCCAGUCUCGAACUCAACGCGAACGCUCCAAGUUGACCGCUAGCAAUUUUUUUUGCUCUCCAGCUGCGCGAUAUUCACUGCCUUUUGUUGUUGUAGUUGUUGCUGCGGCUGCAGUCUGUUCGUUAAGUAUUGUCAAGCGCUUCGUUAACAUUGCUAAGUACUGUAAUACAUUUAAAUUCCAAAUUUCAAUAUGCGUUUAAUCAUUUUGGAGACGAGCGAUUCGGUUGGCAAGUGGGCUGCCAAGUAUGUGGCCAAGCGCAUUAAUGACUUCAAUCCGGGACCGAAUAAAUACUUUGUGCUGGGCUUGCCCACGGGCAGCACACCAUUGGGCAUGUACAGGGAACUGAUUGAGUUCCACAAGCAGGGAAAGGUAUCCUUCCAAUAUGUCAAAACCUUCAACAUGGACGAAUAUGUGGGACUUCCGCGCGAUCAUCACGAGAGCUAUCACUACUUCAUGUGGCACAACUUCUUCAAGCACAUCGACAUUGAGCCCGCAAAUGUUCAUAUCUUGGAUGGCAAUGCACCCGAUUUAGUCGCCGAGUGCAAUAAAUUCGAGGAACAGAUCAAGGAAGCCGGCGGCGUCGAGUUGUUCAUUGGUGGCAUUGGACCCGAUGGUCACAUAGCAUUCAAUGAGCCUGGUUCAUCGCUGGUCUCUCGCACACGUGUCAAAACUCUGGCCCAGGAUACACUCGAGGCGAAUGCGCGCUUCUUUGACAACGAUAUGAGCAAAGUGCCCAAGCAGGCGCUUACUGUGGGCGUUGGCACUGUGAUGGACUCGAAUGAGGUGAUGAUUCUGAUCACUGGCGCCCACAAAGCCUUCGCUCUGUACAAAGCCAUCGAGGAGGGCGUCAAUCAUAUGUGGACAGUUAGUGCAUUCCAACAGCAUGCGAAUACACUGAUGAUCUGUGAUGAGGAUGCCACGCUGGAGCUGCGUGUCAAGACGGUUAAAUACUUCAAGGGCAUUCUAAGAGAUACAAACGAAGGCGACUCUCAGGAAGGUUACACGAACUUCAAAUAGCCUUAUGGAUGUUCAUGCCAAGCUAAUUGAACAGCAAAAGACGUAGCGCAAGGAUGUGAUGUGUGCUCUCAAGCAGGACGGAUGAUGGCUGUAUGAUGAUAUACUUAUCUUACUUUAGGAAACACUGUGCAUUGUAUAUGUUUUGUUAAUGUGUGUGUAUAAAGAGAAAGAAACUUCCUCCUUCUUAAUAACA